AUGUCUCAGCUCCGACAAAAGCUAGGCGAAGCGGCCGGCAGGAACCACGAACUCCUCGCGGUACUCACAGAAUCCGACUACGCUGCUCCAGCUCUCAAGCAGAACACUUCCUACAUAUCAGAUCUCAAGUCACAAAUCACCGAAACCGACAAAACGAUCAAUCGCCUCCAUGCUUCGACCGAGAAGGAGCGGAAGGAACAUGUUAAGGUCAGAGACAGUGUCAUGAGACGCUAUGCUUCGAAGCUUCAAGGGCACAAAGGACAGGAGAAGUUCAGCGCCAAACAAGACAAGGAAGAGAGGGAGUUCUUGGAGGCCUGGCAACAAGAACGAGAGGCACAAGAGCGGCGCGAAGAGCUCGGACGUGCGCUCGAAGAGGCAGAGAAGGAGAAGAAGAGCUUGGAGUCCGACUCAGCGAAACAUGACGAGGCGCAGCGCGAGCUUGACCAGCUGUAUCAGAACAUCUUCGGCGGACCGACACCAGAAGUACCUGGCGAAGACGAGCUAGAACAAGCGCUGUCUCGGAACCGGGACUACUACCAGCAGUGCCAGCAGCAGGCUGGGCGUGACAAGCAGGCUGCACAGACAUUGGAGCAAGCGAGAGGACGUCUCGGUCAGGCGGUGAACAACAUGCACGAUUCGCUGCAAGCUUCGAACUUCGAUCGCUUCGGAGGCGGUGCGCUGUUCGACCUCAUGGAACGCGAUGCGCUGUCCAAAGCGCAGAUGAACUACAACUGGUGCAAACAGGCCAUGGCUGAUGCAGCGCGAGCCCAACCCGCCAUCCCGCCGCUUGGGGAGGUGGCGAUAGACCAUGGACAUGUGCUCGGAGACAUCAUGUUCGACAACAUCUUCUCCGACUUUGCGCAGCAUGAUCGGAUUCGAAACUCGGCGAUGCAAAUGCAGCAGGCGAUGAACCAUCUGCAGAGUAUCAUAAAGGAGCAGAAGGGGAGGGUGCAGGAUGCUCAACGGCUGGAGAAGACAGCGUUGCAGCAGUUGGAGGACUCACGCAUUGAGCUUCAGAAGAUCCGAUCGGAAGCGUUCGAACGACUGGCUGGUGAAGGCGGCCAGGGUGCUGUUGGCGGCGAUGCUAAGCUGCCGGCGUAUUCUGCCUGA